AUGGUUAAGCACUUUAUAGUGAAUGCAAAAGACUUUUGCAAGGGCUUUAUUGACGACUUUUCAACUCGUUUAUUGAAGCACAUAGAAAGAUCAGAAAGGGCUAGAUCUCCAUUAUUCCAGUAUAAGAUGAAGAAGGACGAGACAGAAGUCGCACUGCGCCAGCACUUCGUUAGCAAACUGAAAGAAAAAAAAUCGAGGAAUGAAAUGAAUCAAGGUGCUAGGCAAGAAACGGCCUCCAAUUCAUCUUGCUCUAGUAAAGAAGAAGAAGAAGAAGAGUCUAUUCAACUAAAGGGUUUGAUAUGUAUUAUCUUCUCUUGGACUCUCAAAGAUGUACUAAAUGAGCACUUCUAUAGAGAUAAGGUACAGAGAAUACCUGAAACGUUCUCCUCGGAGGAGCAUUACUUAGAAUCAUUUUGUUGUCCUCUUCUUGCAGAAACACAUACUGAGCUGUUUUCAAGCAUAAAUAACAUUCAUCAAUCACCAACAUGUAAAAUAACAUCUGUUCACAAACACAAGGAUUUCAAAAUGCCGGGCUUUUUAGUUUAUGACAUUACGUUUGACGCACCAAAAGAUACUGGGAACAAGAACGAAAUAUACAAGCCCCAUCCUUCUGAUGUAAUUACUUUCACUCAUGUAAGGCCAGUGCGUUUUGGCUCACUUGAAAGAUCAUAUAUUCCUGCUUUUGUCCUGCACGUAUCUAGAUCUCCUACAGAGGAAAAAGAAAAAGAUAAUGACAAAACUUAUCUCGUUCAAAUUCUUGCAUCAAAACCCAUAAACAAGAAAACUUGUAUGCCUACUUAUGCUGUUUUUCUUAUAAACGUAACAACAAAUCGCCGUAUAUGGGAUGCUUUACACGACGGGAACUUGAACAUUGUUAAGGAGGUCUUGCAUGAGUACCAGGGUGGGGGUAAGUGCGGCAGUUGUUCUCAAGAAGUUAAACGUGUACCUGGAAAACAUUUAAGUAAGGAUUUACGUUCAUUCAAUUUAAACGAGUCACAACUUCAUGCAGUGCAUAGCUCUAUCAGGACAAGUGCAUGUAAUCAUAGAAACUCAAUUCAACUUAUUUGGGGACCUCCAGGAACUGGGAAAACAAAGAUUGUCAGUGCACUUCUUUGGGCAAUGUUAAAGAUGAAAUGCAGGACCCUAACAUGUUCCCCAACUAACAUUGGGGUUGUGGAAGUAUCCGCACGGCUCAUGAGCAUUGUUAGGCCAACACUACAACGUGGUUUUUAUGGGCUAGGAGAUGUAGUGUUAUUUGGUAAUAAGGAUCGAAUGAAGAUUUACGAUCGUUGUGACCUUCUUGAUAUAUUUCUAGAUGACCGUGUUGAAAAAUUGGCAAAGUGCCUUUCCUACAGAACUGGAUGGGGGAGUCAGUUAGAAGCUAUGAUCUUGUUGCUCCGAGAUUCAUCUCAGUAG